UGCGGCUGCUCCUCCCGGCUCCCACAGGCGCGGAGUGGGACGUAGCGGCGGGCGCAAGCGCAUUCCGGGCUUGUUGAGCCAAGAUGGCGCCCGUGGAGCACGUUGUGGCGGAUGCCGGGGCUUUCCUGCGGGACGCGGCUCUGCAGGACAUCGGGAAGAACAUCUACACCAUUCGGGAUGUGGUCAGCGAGAUUCGAGACAAGGCCACGCGCAGGCGACUCGCCGUCUUGCCCUAUGAGCUGCGUUUCAAAGAUCCCUUCCCGGAAUACGUGCGGCUGGUGACUGAGUUUUCAAAGAAAACUGGAGACUAUCCCAGCCUCUCUGCCACAGAUAUCCAAGUAUUGGCACUUACCUACCAGUUGGAAGCAGAGUUUGUUGGGGUGUCACACUUAAAACAAGAACCAGAAAAGGUUAAAGUGAGCUCAUCGAUUCAGCACCCUGAAACUCCUCUACACAUUUCUGGUUUCCAUCUCCCCUCAAAGCCCAAACCCCCACAAGAAACAGUGGAACAUGAACACCCAGCCAGUGAGCCUGAGGACCUAGAAUUCAGUUCCUUCAUGUUCUGGAGAAACCCUUUGCCUGAUAUUGAUCGUGACCUGCAGGAGCUGCUGAUUGACAAAGCUGAGGAUGUUGCAAGUGAGGAGGAGAAGGAAGAGAAUGGAUUUGAAGAAAGGAAAGAUGAAGAUAGUGAUGAUGGUGGUGGGUGGAUAACCCCCAGCAACAUCAAGCAAAUCCAGCGGGAUUUUGAACAAUGCACCAUCCCGAAGGAUGUGCGGGUUGGCUGUGUGACUACAGACUUUGCCAUGCAGAAUGUCCUGCUUCAGAUGGGGCUGCACGUGCUGGCGGUGAACGGCAUGCUGAUCCGAGAGGCCCGGAGCUACCUACUGCGCUGCCACGGCUGUUUCAGGACAACCUCUGACAUGAGCCGCGUGUUCUGUUCACAUUGUGGAAAUAAGACCCUGAAGAAAGUGUCUGUGACUGUCAGUGACAACGGAACCCUGUGUAUGCACUUCUCCCGCAACCCCAAGGUGCUGAAUCCUCGGGGCCUCCGGUAUUCACUACCCACUCCCAAAGGGGGUAAAUAUGCCGUCAACCCUCAUCUGACUGAGGACCAGCGCUUCCCUCAGCUCCGACUCUCCCGCAAGGCUCGGCAGAAAACAGAUGUAUUUGCCUCUGACUACGUAGCUGGGAUAUCUCCCUUUGCAGAGAACGACAUCUCCAGCCGGUCAGCAACACUGCAGGUCCGAGACAACGCUUUGGGAGCUGGGAGGAGACGGUUAAAUCCCAAUGCUUCCAGAAAGAAGUUUGUGAAGAAAAGGUGAAGUGCAAGUUCACAGGCAAACUGGGCGGUGUUGCAGCUGGGGGAGUUCUGGAGCCUCCUUUCCCCGCUGGGCCAGCUCCAGAACCAUCUGAAUGGAAAAAAUAGGCCUGGCUUCUGCGUGCUGCUUCAUGACUCGUGUGGAGGGCUGGGUUGGGUUUGUAGUUGAACUCCAUCAUGCCUUGGCCUGACAGCAUUGAGAGAGCUGGGAUUCCUGCCAUGAAAACAGAACAGUGCCCCGGAGCAAACCUUCCCUUCAAUCUGGAAAGGGGGGAACUUCCAAGUGAUGAUAUUUUUAUAAUAAAUGUGGUUGUAAGGUUUUGUGCAUUUUCAUUAAAUAGGCCAAAUUUUUCUUCUAAGGUAAUUUGAAGGCUAACACUUUAAGGUAUACCACCAAGGUGAAACAUUUAGAUUUAUCUUUUUUGCAAGGAAAAUACUAAGUUUGUUAUAAUAAAACUAAAUGUUACCAUUUUCUCUCUUUUGUUUUUCACUUUAAAACAUUUCAGUCAUUCAGGAAUGUUCAGUAUUGUGAACUCCCAUAGAGCCUUUCACCAAGAUUCAGCCAUUGUUAACAUUUCUUCUUGUUUGCUUUUUAUCUUUCUAUGCACACAAGUACACAAAGUAUCUCCUAGGAAAAGGAUGUUCUUUUUUGUAACCACAGUACAAUGAUCAAAUUCAGGAGAUUUGAUACAUUACUAUUAUCUAAUAAUUAGCAAUUCACAUUUUACUAAAUUGUCCCAAUACUGUCCAGCUUUUCCCCUCAGUUCUAAAGUUUCUCAGCCUUUGUCUUUUGUGAAAUUGACGUUUUUAUAAAGUACAAGCCAGGAUUUUAAAAUGUCCCUCCAGCCCUGGCUGGUUUG